ACUUAGCUCUUAUCUGCUCUUUUGUCCUCCCCAUGCUCAGGUGUUCGCCUCCCGACCCACCGCCCACCACGGCCCUCACCUGUGUGUUGCGGUGCUUCCCCUGUGAGCCGACCUGGGCUGGCAGUCCCUUCUUGCACCGCCCGCCAACUCCGCCCAUGGUCAGGAUGACGCGCUCCAAGACUUUCCAGGCGUACCUGCCGAGCUGCCACCGAACCUACAGCUGCAUCCACUGCCGAGCUCACCUGGCCAACCACGACGAGCUCAUCUCCAAGUCGUUCCAGGGCAGCCAGGGCAGAGCCUAUCUGUUCAACUCUGUGGUGAACGUUGGGUGUGGCCCUGCAGAGGAGAGAGUUCUGCUGACAGGCCUGCAUGCUGUGGCAGACAUCUACUGUGAGAACUGCAAGACGACCCUGGGCUGGAAAUACGAACAUGCUUUUGAGAGCAGUCAGAAGUAUAAAGAGGGCAAGUUCAUCAUCGAGCUGGCCCACAUGAUCAAGGACAACGGCUGGGACUGAGGGGCGAGCAGCCGGGAGACAACCACAGCGGAGGAGGGAAAAGGGAG